UCAGACUUUGCACCUUUGGGUCGACAAAGACACAACAACCACCAACGUCCUGACGACAGCGAUGAGGCUGAGCGUCGUCUUCACCCUGAUCCUCAGCUUCAGCGGCGGCCGCCCGGCGUCCGUGUUUCUGGAUCCAGAUCGAGCUCACGCCGUCCUGGUGCGAACUCGCAGGUUCAACUCGGGCUGGCUGGAGGAGCUGCAGAGGGGAGAUCUGGAGCGGGAGUGUCUGGAGGAGAGAUGUUCGUACGAGGAGGCGCGGGAGGUGUUCGAACACACGGAGAGCACGGACGAGUUCUGGAAGACGUACAACGUCCCUGACACCUGUAAGUCCGACCCGUGUGUGAACGGCGGCAGCUGCUCGGGCCAGGAUUCAUCCUACACCUGCUUCUGUUUACCACAGUUCAGCGGACUCAACUGUGAGCUCGAGACCCUGGCCGUCUCCAACACCUGCCUGCUGGAGAACGGAGGCUGUGAACAUUUCUGUGAUGAUGACGAGGAAGGACGAAUAUUGAACUGCUCUUGUGCGGAUGGUUACUUCCUGGAUGUCGAUGGGCGGAGCUGCGUAGCAAGAGAGUCACUCGCCUGCGGCAUGGUGCCCGUCCUCCAGGGGGACGGCCAGGCGCCGCUCGACCCUCGAGCUCGAAUCGUCGGAGGGACAGAGUGUCCCCGAGGUGAAUGUCCCUGGCAGGUUCUGCUGAUGUACAAAAAGAAAGGUUUCUGUGGAGGGGUGAUUUAUAAACCCACGUGGAUCCUCACAGCGUCUCACUGUAUGGAGAACAUAGACGUCCAGUUCCUGCAGGUGGUUGCAGGCGAACACAACACAGAGGUGGCUGAGGGCACAGAGCAGUUCAUCCAGGUGGUGGAGAUCAUCAUGCACGAGAGCUACGUCAUGCAGACGGCCGACAACGACAUCGCCCUGCUGCGCCUGGCCUCGCCCGUCAUCUACACCUCACACGCCGUCCCGGCCUGCCUGCCCACGCGCCCGCUGGCCGAGCGCGACCUCUGGGCCGUCAGUCUGCACACGGUGAGCGGCUGGGGGCGGAGGGGCGAGCUCGGGCCCACCUCGCCCAUCCUGCGCCGCCUGCGGGUUCCACGGAUCCGGACGCAGCAGUGUGUGGAGGAGAGCGGCGUGGUCCUCACAGCAAACAUGUUCUGCGCCGGAUACAUCGAGGGCCGCCAGGACUCGUGUAAAGGCGACAGCGGCGGGCCCCUGGUGACCCAGUACAAGAAGACAAUGUUCCUGCUGGGAAUCGUCAGCUGGGGGAAGGGCUGCGCCCGGCCGGGGAACUACGGCAUCUACACCCGAGUGUCCAACUACCUGGAGUGGAUCCACAACCGGACAGCGACAGAACCGAGGAACGUCACAGAGGCUUCGCUGCUCGAUGAGCCACAGGGCCUGAGGAGGAACCUCUUGUUCGUGGAGAGACGUGAAGCGAACGCGCUGCUGCCGAGGAGCCGUCGAGCAAACAGCGGCUUCCUGGAGGAGCUGAAACAAGGGAACCUGGAGAGAGAGUGUGUCGAAGAAAUCUGUGACUACGAAGAAGCUCGAGAGGUGUUCGAAGACGAAGACCAGACGAAAAAGUUCUGGCUGACGUACAACCGUCGUGACCCGUGCCUGGAGAACCCGUGUCAGAACAACAGAUCAUGUGUUAACAUGGGAAGCAGCUAUGAGUGUUUGUGUCCCGAGGGAUUUGAAGGACGAUACUGUCAGACAGUGUUUGAAGACUCAUUAAAGUGUCUUUACCUGAACGGACGCUGCCAACAUUUCUGCGACGGCUCGGGACAGAGGCGUCGAUGCUCCUGCGCUGACGGGUACCAGCUGGCAGACGAUGGACGACGCUGCAUCGCUCAAGUGAUCCCUGAACUCUGCGAGUCCAAAAAUGGCGGCUGCGAACAUUACUGCAAAGUGGUCCGAGGAAGUGUUCAGUGCUCCUGUACUGUCGGAUACUUCCUGGCAUCAGACGAUAAAUCCUGCCACUCCAACCAGACCUUUAAGUGUGGAGCCGUCAUCAGCGCAGACACCAGGACGGUCUUCAGGUACGUGCGACAGAACGUAACCCGAGAGAACCUGACCGAGUGGAGCCCGACAGACUCCUCCCCUUCUGGAAACAGCACCGACGACCAAAUUAUGCCAGAAAACGCAGUUUUCGAGGAACCGGUCAAUGCUGAAAUGGCAUCUAUGACCCGUAUCGUCAACGGAGAGGACUGUCCACCGGGAGAAUGUCCGUGGCAGGCUCUUCUCCUGAACGAUGAAGACGUCGGGUUCUGCGGUGGGACGAUUCUCAACGAGUACAUCAUCAUGACUGCGGCCCACUGCAUGAACCAAUCACGCUUCAUCUACGUCAAGCUUGGUGAGUUUGACACGUUGGUGGAGGACGGUAACGAAGCUACGCACCAAGUGGAAACUAUCAUCACCCACUUUAAAUACAAACCCGAUACGUACAACAACGACAUCGCUCUCAUCAAAUUAACCAAGCCCAUCAAGUUCUCCAGGUUCAUCCUGCCGGCCUGCCUACCGGAGCAGGAGUUCGCUGAGAAGGUCCUGAUGCGGCAGCCUGACGGCGUGGUCAGUGGUUUUGGACGCACUGGCGAGCGUGGGCCUGCGUCCACCAUCUUGCAGCGCCUCUCGUUACCCUUCGUCGAUCGGCUCACCUGCAUCGAAUCCACCCGAUUCCGCAUCUCCACCCGCAUGUUCUGCGCCGGAUACCACACGACCCCCAAGGACUCGUGUCAAGGCGACAGUGGCGGGCCGCACGUCACCCGCUACCUCGACACCUACUUUGUCACCGGCAUUGUGAGCUGGGGUGAAGGCUGUGCACGCAAAGGGAAAUACGGCGUCUACACACAGGUGUCCAAGUACAUCCGCUGGAUCCGUGAGGGAAUCGAGGAGCUGAUGCCAAAAGAGCCGAGUGGCGGCAGAGUGAAGAGGCAGCUCGGCGCCAUCAGGAGGCAGCGUCUGUAAGACGACCACCGAUCCACGGGUUUCUCAUUCUUCAUCCAACAUCUCAGUGAACUCCACAGAGCAGAGGUCAGCGUCUCGUCGUUCCUCAUGUUGUCGUCCAUUUUACAUUUAAGACGUCUCAACAGUCUGUUAGAGUUCCAAGAAAAAACUUUUCAUCAUUACCGAAUAAUCCUAAAGCUUUGACUAAUUGUUGUGUCCACCUGGGGGCAGCAGAACGAAAGGUAGUAGCUCAAAUGGCAUAUUAUCCGUUUCUGACAUGUUAACAGAAUGUUUCUAUAGCUAGCAGUCAUGUGACAGUAUCUGUAAUCCGUAGUGGCGCUCCUCAGGGUUCUGUUAUUGGUGACUGAUUUGUCCACUUUAUUAUUUAAAUGUGUCAGAGCGGAGAGAAAUGAGAAUAAAAAUAAAACGUCUGUUUUCAUGUGUUUUUAUCCAGAAAUGAAUCAGAAACAAAUAAAGAAAAUUUACAUCAA